CCAGGUUAUCAUAGAAAAAACUACACCCAUGUUUCUGAUUCUUCAAAUGGCUAAAUCAAGUCCUUCAAACAUUUGUGGGCGAGUCGAGAGUGAUUGGAUGUAAAACAAUUAUUUUAACUCGAAUCGCUUACGAAAAUGCGGUACUCAAGAAAUGAGGAAAAAAUUAAGGAAUACGAUAUCGGUUGUGAUGUUUUAAAUGAGAUAGUUAGUGAAAAAAUUCAGGCCCAUAUCAUUCUAUUGAUUUUUCUCAAACAUUGGUCGAACCAAUCACAGAGUUAAUACUAUUUUUAAAGGGUGAGGUAGUUGGUUUUUAUGAAUUUUCGAAAACAGUUCGGUUUCCGUACACUAUCUUUGAAUUUUUCGAGCAAUAGAUUUUUUUCUGUGAAUUUAGUGAAAUAAUUUUAACAAAUGCAAGUGGCAACUUUAUUUCGUGAAUCGACCUCUCUCCUUGGGGCCAGUAUGGAAGGCAAUGGGGGCUCAUCGGAUACGGGGGCGUCAGGUUUGGGUCAAAAUGUCCCUAUGUCCUACGACUCUUACGCUCAUCCUCUCAAUUUUUCCAACAAAUACAAAAUCAACAUGAAACUAGAGCCACAAGACGAUGGAUAUGAAACAGGGGCCGAUAUGUUGUUAUCCAACGGUGUUGGGAAUCUUGUGAAAUGCGAAAAACUAGAAGAUCCAUACAGCUUCAUAGAUGAUGAUCCCAUACCGAUGCUUCCAUCUGUCCAACAUCACGGUCCGCCCCCUUCCAGCAUGAUGGGACCUAUGCCUGUUUUAAACAACCAACUAAUUGCACAACCAAAGAAACGCGGUAGAAAGAAAAAGGUCAAAUUAGAAGAAAUUUUCGGUAGGCCCGAUUUUGGUCAAGAAUUAAAUGGAGGUUUACCGCGGCCUAUUAAGGAACGUAAAAAACACGACAGGUUUAAUGGAAUGCCAGAAGAAGAGGUAUCGAAGAGAACACUUCCAGAUCACAUAACUGACAAUCUAGACAUCAUUAUUAUUGGAAUCAAUCCUGGACUGUUUGCUGCUUACAAAGGACAUCAUUAUGCUGGUCCAGGCAAUCAUUUUUGGAAAUGCCUAUAUCUAGCAGGGCUCACUAGUCAACAGAUGUCUGCUGAUGAAGAUUAUAAGCUACUUCAAGUUGGUAUUGGUUUUACUAACAUGGUUCAGAGGGCUACUAAAGGAAGCGCCGAUUUAACAAGAAAAGAAAUCAAAGAAGGCUGUCAGAUACUUCUUGAAAAAUUGAGGAAAUUUCGUCCUAAGAUCGCUGUUUUCAAUGGCAAAUUGAUAUAUGAGGUGUUUUCUGGAAAGAAGGAUUUCAAAUUCGGUCGACAACCAGAGCUUGUUGAUGGAACCAAUACUCAUGUAUGGGUGAUGCCUUCUUCAAGCGCCAGAUGCGCGCAGUUGCCAAGAGCAGCAGAUAAGGUACCGUUUUAUGCAGCAUUGAAAAAGUUUCGAGAUUACUUGAACGGUGUCAUUACGGAAAUCGACGAAUCUGAAAUGGUAUUUUCUGAGCCGAGAGUCAAGUCUUUCUAUGAAGCAGAACCGAAAUUAGAUAUUUUCUCCCCAGAACUGACAGAUAUCAGUAACGAAAUGAUGAAGAAUGGUGACGGAAUUAUAAUGCCCUGUAAAAAGAAGCGGGGACGGCCUAAAAAAAUUAAAGUGGAAGGAGAAGCUCCUCCAGUUAAACCAGCACGAAAACCACCUGUUCAUAACAAUAACUGUGAUUUUCCAAAGAAGAAACGAGGAAGGCCUAAAAAAGUAAAAGUUGAAAGUAUGGAAAUGACUUCAAUAGAAAACGUAUCAAACAAUAUGUCUCAGUGUUACCCCAACUCGUCACCACUACAGUCGCCAACGAAUUUUUAUCCAGUUGGUCCAGCACCAACUCCACCUAGUAAUAUGAACUCAUUAUACACGCCUCAGUCCCAGAUGCCCUAUUCACAAAGUCCUCGUCCUCACUUUAGUCAAUCCCCGAGACCUCGAUCACAACCCUUUACCCACUCAGAUUUGAGCUCAGAGAUAAGCGCUGCCAUAAGUUCAGAACAUUUAGGUUCGCCAGGAUCGCCAAGUUUAGGACCGCCAGACUUCGAACCACCAACAAAUAUGACUCAGGAAGAAGUAGAAGGUCGCUUGAGCAGUCCUGCGCCAUCGACAAAUAGUGAACAACAACCUCAUUGUUCCUAUAACACAUUCAACGUUGAGCAGCAGUCAGAUAACCACUACAUUGCACCUCGUCAACAAGACAUUGCAUCCAAAAGUCUGUCUGGUUUAGAAUCUUUAGUAGAUCAAAUUCCUAGCAUAACUGAAGGAGAAUCUCAAAUAGGCCAAGAAGCUUCAGAUCAAUACUCUAACCAGUUUGAUAAUUACAGUGUUGCUUCUCGAGGAAGUCCUGCACCUUACGAAUAUCCAUCUAGCAGUGGUUACCCAAUAUAUCCUACUCCCACUUGGGGAAGUCAUUAUGAUCCUGUUCCUCUACCAUAUCCUCAUGUACCAUACCCUCAAACAUACACCCCAAGUUUUCACAUGGCAAGUCCAAAUUAUCCAUAUUAUGGUUACCCUCAACCCACCCCUGCACAUCCUCCAGGCUACCCUCCCUAUCUGGGAGGCUUCUGAUCGGUUUCCUUCAAUGUAUUUUCAUGUUGUGUACCUGUACCAUAUGUUCAGCUAGUACCUAGCAAGUCUGUCAGCUUGCGUACAGUUGGUCAUUUGCAAUUUGACAACAACAGAGACUUGCACAGGGUAAAUGGUGAUAUUUUUUUGUCAUAAGUAUUUUCUCUAAAACUUUUUAAUGUUAGGUAGGCCAAGGGUUUUGUGCAUUAUUCUACAUUGAGAUCUCAAGUAUGAAUGUAUUUUGAAUGUGUGAUUUUAUUGUUAUAGUUGUAGCUCAUGUCAUUCAUUCAAGUAAAACAUUUGUUAUAA